AUGGAUUCAGAUUCGGCACCUCGUUACCACAAUGUGACUAAUGCAGUGGUCAUUCCUAUUCUCUCUAUCCUGUCCAUCAUUGUCAGCCUGGUUCCGGUGGCUCUGCACUGGAAGAAUCGGAACUUUCCUGCGACGUGCCUGAUUGGCUGGUUCUUGGUUCUCAAUUUCUUCAAUAUCAUCAAUGCAACCAUUUGGCCCAAUGAUGAUGUUGAUUCCUGGUUCAGCGGCGUGGGCCUUUGUGAUGUCGAAGUCAAGGUCAUGAUCGCUAGUUACGUUGCCGUGCCGGGUGAUCUGCUGGGCAUAUUCCGUGGCUUGGCCAGUGUGCUGGACACCAGUCGUGCAAGUCUCGUUCCCAGCAAGAAGCAACGUUGGCAGAACCAUUUCAUGGAUAUCCUGUUCUGUGUCAUUGUUCCAAUCAUUGCCAUGAUCACUCAGAUCGUCUAUCAGGCAAACCGAUACAUGCUGUUCGCCAUUUCAGGGUGCGUCAACAGCUUCGACGAGAGCUGGGUGAGCUUCGUUAUGUCUUUCAUGUGGCCUCCAAUCAUCUGCAUAAUCGCUGGUUACUAUUGUGGGCUAGUCCUGUAUCGCCUCCACAAGUAUCGCAGCCAGUUUGGAGACAUACUCCAGUCUUCCAAUAGCAACAUCAACAAGUCCAGAUUCCUUCGGCUUUUCCUGCUGGCCUUUACAAUGUUCAUAGGCAUCAUACCGACCCAGGCUUUCGUGGUAUGGAGGAACGUGACGCUGUCGCAACCAUGGCAUAAGUAUUCCUGGAGUACCCUUCACGGACCCAAGUGGCAUGAAAUUGUUAAGGUCCCAACGGGUGGGGCGGUUUUCUUUGAUCGGUGGAUACCUAUAGCGUCGGGAUUCAUGUUCGUUAUCUUCUUUGGGUGUGGUAACGACGCCUCGAAGAUGUAUACCUCAAUCGCCCGCUAUCUUGGUUUGGACUGUUGUCUUGUCGGCGGACAAGCAUCUCAGAUGGAAACCACUUCGUCAACCGGCGGGGGGUCUAUGAAUAGCCGGGUCAAACUUUUAUUUCGUAAGAAGAGCGCAUCUGCCACAAGAGUACAUGCGAGCAACCUUGCUUCGGCCAAUCCCACUGACCACAGCUAUGUGGAUCUUGAAAACAGCACGACGACAUCCAAGACGCACAGACACAUGCACAAGGAAUCGUGGGUCAGACGUUUGUCUCCAUUUCUCUAUCGCCGCUCCCCAUGCUGUGACGAAACGGUGUCGCUUCACAACCUGACCGGUCCUUCCAGCACGGUUGCUACCAAUGCUUGGGCCGGAGCAAAUACCAGCCGCAGCAGCAACGAGUACGAUACUUCUACCAGAAAAGAUUUCAUUCUGGCCUGCCCUCUCGCCAUGGCUGAUCCGCUCUCGAUUGCGUCUGGAGUUGCGGGUUUGCUUUCUCUUGGUAUUCAAGUCACUCAGAAUCUAAUUAACUUCUAUUCCGCGUAUAAGGACCAGGCUUCCGAUCUGGUUCAGAUCACCCGCAAUCUUGAAAAUCUCUUAGUUAUCUUUGACACCCUUGGUAACGCACUGAAAGUUCGCCAACCUCAGAUGAAUGAAGAUGAAUUGUUCAAAAGGAUCAGCAAAGCAAUUGGGGAUUGCAAUGAAGUCAUCGAAGAAUUACAAGCUGAAUGUCGUAAAUUUCAAGAAAAAUCGAGCACAGGAUUCAAGGGUCGGAUUCAGGUUGCCGGGCGUCAGGCGGCUUAUCCUUUUCGAAAGAGUACUCUACAGAAGCUGGAAGAAGACAUCCGUGAGAUCCGGGAGAACCUGUCUCUUGCGCUGAAUGUGCUACAUCUCAAUAGCAAUAGCAUACUUCAAGAGGAAGCUGUGGAAAUCACAUCACUCCUGAAACGCAUAGAUGCGAAUCAUGUCUCUUCCAAGGUUCGUGAUUGGCUUGCGGCGCCAGAUGCGACCAGUAACCACCACAGUGCCUGCGACAAACAUCAUAUAGGCACGGGACUAUGGUUCGUUAACGGCUCUUCCUUCAAGAACUGGCUUGUGGAACGGAAUUCCUUUCUCUGGGUUCAUGGCUUUGCGGGGUGUGGCAAGUCGAUUCUAUGCUCGACUGCUAUCCAGUCUACCUUGUCUGAGACUCAGCAUCGCCAUGAAGUAGGGGUUGGGUUCUUCUACUUUUCCUUUAAUGAUGAGUCGAAGAUCAGGAAUUCCGGCAUGCUGCGCGCUUUGUUACUACAACUUUCGGUGCAACUUGAAGACAAUGAAAAAGAUUUACAGCAACUGUAUGAAUCAUACAAGCCAGGCACUCCGCCCAUGAACGCCCUCCUCAGCUAUUUGAAAAACGUUAUCUGCAGAUUCCACGACAGCUACAUUCUGCUGGAUGCGUUGGAUGAAUGUCCGCGUGAUCGUGAAAGGGGGGACGUUUUGCAAACAAUCAAGACAAUGAGGGACUGGAAUUUGCCGGGUUUCCACCUUUUGGUUACCAGCCGUAAUGAGCUCGAUAUUCGUCAGUCGCUGCAAGCUCCUUCCACCGCAGAGGUCAAGAUGCGAAAUGCUGAGACUGAUAAGGACAUAACAAACUUUGUUUCAUACCGACUAAGCCACGACCCGGGGUUUCAGAAAUGGAAGGUACGCCAUGGAGAAAUUCAAGAAAGCCUAAGCCAAAAAGCACAAGGAGUGUUUCGAUAUGUUGAAUGUCAAUUGAUGGCGCUCAAGAGGGCUAAGAACCGCAAUCAGCUGGAUGGUUGUUUACGUUCCUUGCCUCGUGAUCUGGAUGAAACAUAUGAGCGAAUCCUGUGCAGCAUCGACAGACUAUAUGCUGAGGAUGUCCGGCGAAUCUUGAUGAUUCUUUGCCUGGCUAAGCGCCCAUUAACUCUGGAAGAAUUGAUUGAUGCUCAUGCUGUGGACCUUGAAGAGCCACCACACCUCGAUCGUGAAGGUCGAUCAUAUGACCAAGAUGACAUCAUCGAUGUUUGUCGCGGUCUGAUCGAGGUCGCAGCAAUGGAAGGCAGUGGAGAACAAGAGACGCAUGUGGCUCGAAUCGCACACUUCUCCGUACAAGAGUACCUUGAAUCCAACCGUGUGCUGCACCAGAAAGCAAAGGAAUUUGCAGUGCAGAAAGAUCGCGCAAAUAUUGAAAUGGCACAGAUUUGUCUUGUCUAUCUGUUGGAGCCAGGACUCUCUAAUAAUCCACUAGAUAAAGCAAGACUUACCGAGUUUUGUUUUGCCCAUUUUGCUGCAAUGUAUUGGUACAGCUAUUACCAGCAGGCUAGAGGUGGAAGCUCUGAUAUUGAUCACUUGAUCCUUAGACUCUUGAAGGAUGGAGGCCGGCCGUUCCUGACAUGGGUACAGCUGCAUGACAUGGAUGCGCCGUGGCAAACCGAAAUAUCCUAUGGGCGCAACGUCAAAGGUAUACCAUUACCUGUGUACUACUGCGCUCUUUUGGGAUUGAAAGCCGUGCUGAAUAUCAUGAUAGCAUCUUGGAGGAAGGACUCUAAAAAGAAUGAUAUAAUAAAUACAAAAGGUGGACGCUUUAGCAAUGCACUUCAAGCUGCAUCAUAUCAUGGCCAUGAGAAAGUGGUACAGAUUCUACUGGAUCAAGGCGCGGAUGUUAAUGCUCAAGGAGGAUACUAUGGCAAUGCACUCCAGGCUGCAUCAUAUCAUGGCCGUGAGAAAGUGGCGCAGAUUCUACUGGAUCAAGGCGCGGAUGUCAAUGCCCAAGGCGGACUCUAUGGUAAUGCACUCCAGGCUGCAUCAUUUCAAGGCCAUGAGAAAGUGGUACAGAUUCUACUGGAUCAAGGCGCGGAUGUCAAUGCUCAAGGAGGAGGCUAUGGCAAUGCACUCCAUGCUGCAUCACUUGGAGGCCAUGAGAAAGUGGUGCAGUUUCUACUGGAUCAAGGCGCGGAUGUUAAUGCUCAAGGUGGACUCUACGGCAAUGCACUCCAGGCUGCAUCAUAUCGAGGCCAUGAGAAAGUGGUAGAGAUUCUACUGGAUCAAGGCGCGGAUGUCAAUGCCCAAGGAGGAGGCUAUGGCAAUGCACUCCAGGCUGCAUCAUCUGAAGGCCAUGAGAAAGUGGUGCAGAUUCUGCUGGAUCAAGGCGCGGAAUGGCUUUGA